UGCAGAGGUUCCGGAGCACCCGCCAUAGCCUCUCACUGUCGCCGCCGCCGCCAUUCGCACCAAGGGCUGCCCCGCGGGGCGCGGAGGAUGGAACCAGCUUUGGCAAGAGAGAAGAGCAUCCAGAGGGUGAUUUCCCAGCUCUAGAAACGAUGGAAAAUCCCAAUUAUGCCAACACUCCUGCACCACUCCUCCUUUUCCCUCACUUUUCCCAGGAUUUCCCCUCAGAUUUCCUGUGAUUUUCGACAGCUUUAAAGCCUCAAAUCCCAUUUUUUAGCAGUUUUUGCUGGUUGGUUUUUUUUUAGGAGGGAUAACACCUGCUUCAAACUUCCUUGGCUCAGCCAGGAAAUUUUUUCCAGCCUGCAUGGACAGAGCAACCUUUGCCUGUUCCACCGCUUUUUUCCGGGAUUUUGGGAAUUCUGCUCCAGGUGCUCUUCCCGGGGGCCACGUGGAUUUUAUUGACAAAGCUGAUUCCUUCACUUACUCGGAUUUUUUUCGGGAUUAUCUCAUUCCCAACCAUCCCUGCAUUUUCUCAGCCAAGUUCACCGAGGAUUGGGGCAGCAGGAAAACUUGGGUGACGUGGGAUGGGAAACCCAACUUUGAGCAUCUCCUGCAGAAGUUUGGAGAAGCCGUGGUGCCCGUUGCCAACUGUGAUGUCAAGGAAUACAAUUCCAACCCCAAGGAGCAGCUGCCCUUCAAGGAAUUUGUGGAAUACUGGCGGGAAUACAUCAGGAAUGGCCACCGCUCCUCCCGUGGCUGCCUCUACCUCAAGGACUGGCACCUGAGCAGAGCUUUCCCAGACCAGGAUGUUUACACUACGCCCGUGUAUUUUUCCUCGGAUUGGCUCAACGAAUAUUGGGAUGCUGUGGCCGUGGAUGAUUUUCGCUUUGUCUACAUGGGACCCAAGGGAUCCUGGACUCCGUUCCAUGCCGACGUCUUCCGCUCGUACAGCUGGUCGGCCAACGUGUGCGGCAGGAAGAAAUGGCUGCUGUACCCUGCAGGACAGGAGGAAUUCCUCAAGGAUUGCCACGGGAACCUCCCCUUUGACGUGACAGCUCCGGAUCUUCGGGAUAAGAGGAUUUAUCCGCGCUACAGCCAGAGCCAACCCCCUCUGGAAAUUAUCCAGGAAGCCGGAGAGAUCGUCUUCAUUCCCAGCGGAUGGCACCACCAGGUUUAUAACCUGGAAGACACCAUUUCCAUCAACCACAACUGGGUGAACGGCUGCAACGUGGCCGUCAUGUGGAGCUUCCUGCAGGACGAGCUGGCGGCCGUGCAGCGGGAAAUCAGCCAGUGGAAAGAUCCCAUGGAUGACUGGCACCUCCAGUGCCAGCUGAUCAUGAAAUCCUGCACGGGCAUCGACUACAAGGAAUUCUACAACUUCCUCAAAGUCAUCGCGGAAAACCGGAUCUCCAUCUUGGAGAAGGGCCUGGAUGAGGAAUCCUCAUCCCAGAACAAUUCCAAAGCCGCCAUCUCCACCUUGGGAAUGUUGCACGCCGUCUUCGACCUCAAGAGGACGGUGAAGGUGCUGAGCUCGUUAAGCGCUAACGAGGAUUUCCGGAAGCUGGAUCUGAGUUCCCUCUCUCCUUCUCCGGAGGCUCUGCUCCAGCUCCUGGAGUCGGCCAUUGACACAGCCCUGCUCUGAAUUCCUGCUUUUCCAAGCUUCUUUCCAAAGGGUUUGGAGGGAAAGGACUUGGACAAAAGAGAACAUUUAGGAAGGAGGGAGAACGUUCCCAAAGUUCUGAGCGGUUUGGAGGAAUUACAGAAGAAACAAUCCCAACCAAAGGAAAAUCCCAAACUUCCUUAGGAUUCUGAACAUCUCUCAGGGAAAGAAUUCCCUAUGGAUCAGGUCUAGUGUUGAAAUGAAGCAAAUUCCCUGUGCUUAAGCUCAGCUUUGUUAAAACCUCUUGACUUCCAGGUACAGCUCAGCUUUUCCAUCCUUAUUUUAGGGAAUUCCAGCUAGUGAAGCUUCCAUGGAAGCCUGAGCUGGAGCCAGCACCUGGAAUCGGCCAUCAACACAGCUCUACUUUGAAUUCCUGCUUUUCCAAGCUUUUAUCCAAAAAUUUUGAAGGAAACAGACUUGGACAAGAGCUUUACUUCAGGAGGAGGGAGAACAUUCCCAAAGUUCUGAGCAGUUUGGAGGAAUUACAGAAGAAACAAUCCCAACCAAAGGAAAAUCCCAAACUUCCUUAGGAUUCUGAGCAUCACUCAGGGAAAGAAUUCCCUAUGGAUCAAGUCUGGAAGUGGAAUGAAGCAAAUUCCCUGUGCUUAAGCUCAGCUCUGUUAAACCUCUCCUCUUCCAGGUGCAGCUCAGCUUUUCCAUCCUUUUUUAGGGAAUUCCAAUGGAUGAAUUCCAUGGAAUUCCUGGAGCUGGAGCCUGUAUUUGGGAAUGUUGAUUCCAUGUCUUCCAAAGCCGAGAAGCUCAGGAUAAUUUAGUUUAAUUAAACUCCAAGCCUUGACUCAUCCCAAUAAAAAGCAGGAAUGGGAAUGUGCUCCCACAGUUCCAGGCUCCAUCCCAAGGCCCAGCAUUCCCUCCAGGAAAAAUCGGAUCCAGCACUCCCCGCAUGGUUCCACAGCACAAUUCCCACCCAGAAUGGCACCAGAUAUUCCCAAUGGAACAUCCCUCUCCUGCUUUUCCUUGGAAAAAAAAAUAAAAAAUAAAAACCUGGAAGCACAAAUGGCUGCACACUGUUACCUUCAGGCCUCACUUGAAUUCUUCCUGAAAUAAAAACCGAGAAAAACUUGGAAUUUCGGGAAGUUUUAGGAAACUGAAAAUCCACGUCGUUUUCCAGAGAAUUCCUUGGAAUUUUUAACCCUCCCCUUGCACUUUGCAUGUCCUUUUCCAGGAGGAAAUUUGCAUUUUUUUCCUAAAAAUAUCAAGGAGCUGCUUUUCCUGUAUUUAGAAAUUUCCCAGAUUCCUGAAGACGACAAAGAUUGGAAUAAUGAGCACGUGGAGCCUGGAAUUUCUUCAAAAUUCCAAGAGUUUUAUUUAAAUAAAAAUUCCUGGCAAACUUCCA